AGGAGGCGGUUUCCAAAAGCUGUGAACGUUUCUCAGUGCUGUAGGCUCUUUGGAGACAAGCCCUGAGCGACUCUUUAGCUAUUUGGCGUUGCUCCUCCUUUUCUCCUCUCAAGCUAGUCUGAGGUUGCAGGGCUGGCUCCCCCUCCCUUCCCUAUUUUGGAGAAGUGGUGUCUGAAGCCUGGACAAACGGGGGGAAGGGAAGCCGGAAAGUAAAGUGGGACCGCACUUGCUCCGCCGUGCGACCGGGCCUGGCUUUCUCCUCUCCUCCGUGGGGUUUACACAGCACAUGGGAAGCAGUUUGGAAUCCUGGAGGCGAAGGACGAAAGUGGUGCGGGGUUUGCUGCUCAAAGUUCCCGUUCCGCCCGGGCGGCCAGUCUUAUGAGACACUGUGUCAUCGUGCCCAGCUGGGGCGAGCGGGAGGAAAAUCCCUGAGAGCCAAAUUUGGCAUUGGACCGGGGGGGGGGGGGGAGGAGGAGAAGAAAUGCCAUCUUCAGUGAUUUGCGGCGUCUGCUGAAAGCGACCGAGCGAGCCCCGCCGGCCGCAGACGCUACUACGCUCCUGGUUGGGUAAUGUACAAGAAUAGUCUUCUUCACCACUCGGCUUGUGAACCCUUUUUAUUCUGUUUGAUAUCGACAUAUAUAGAAGUAUUUUUUCCUCCCAAAAAAUGACGAUCUGCUUGGAAGCAUCAUGGCCAAUGGGACGGGGGCGACGGUCAUGCUGAAAUGUGUGGUGGUCGGAGACGGAGCGGUGGGCAAAACUUGCCUGCUCAUGAGCUAUGCCAACGACGCCUUCCCGGAGGAGUAUGUGCCCACUGUCUUUGACCAUUACGCAGUCAGCGUGACUGUUGGUGGCAAGCAAUAUCUCCUUGGGUUGUAUGACACUGCGGGACAGGAAGACUAUGAUCGCCUGAGACCAUUAUCUUAUCCCAUGACUGACGUCUUCCUCAUCUGCUUCUCUGUGGUAAAUCCAGCUUCCUUUCAGAACGUGAAGGAGGAAUGGGUGCCAGAGCUGAAAGAAUAUGCUCCAAAUGUACCCUUCUUGUUAGUUGGAACCCAGAUUGAUCUUCGAGAUGAUCCCAAAACUUUAGCACGAUUGAAUGACAUGAAAGAGAAACCAAUAUCUAUGGAGCAAGGACAAAAGCUAGCAAAAGAGAUAGGAGCUUGCUGCUACGUGGAGUGCUCAGCUUUAACACAGAAAGGACUGAAGACCGUUUUUGAUGAAGCUAUUAUAGCCAUUUUAACGCCAAAGAAACACACAGUGAAAAAAAGAAUAGGAUCGAGAUGCAUUAAUUGCUGCCUCAUCACGUGAGACCCCAUCGGGACAAUGGCCACACCUACUGUGAAACUUCCCUGCAUAGACACACUUCUUAAAAUCCUCCUGUUAACUGACCAUAAAUUAAUUUGGAAGCUGAUUUUAGGAAUUGGCAUUUGGUGAAAUCCAGAGGGUGGGGGCGAGGGGAGGAGACAAAAUCCCUUAUCUGUGAAGGAGCAAGCAACCAUCUGUUCAAAAUAAUUUAUUAGGACUGGAAGGAAAGUACAAUCUCUCAGGGGUAACACAAUUUAGGACUCAUGGCAGAUGCAUCAUCGUGUUGCCGCAGCAUGCAAACCAUGCUGUGAAAGGAGGUACAAAGCCCAAUGACGCUUCGAAGAUGUUUGGGUAGCUUUGACCCACAAGGAAGUCUCUGCACAGUCUUUAUGGAAUCGGCACAAAAACAAACAAAGCCUUCUCUCUUCUUUGCGUCCAUUAUCUGCUUUUGUAUGUAAGCUGCUUCCUAUUCCAGUAUAUCCACAAAGGUGCAAUGAGAAGACCGGCCAUGUAGCCAAAGGUGGCUCCCAGUGAACAGGAAAUGGGCCACACCUAAAGGAAGAAAAUGUUGCAUUAGGUGGAGAAGUAGGGGGGAAAGGAAGAUAUUGUGGCUUUAUAUACUUUAUGAGCACAGGUUGUUCUGGGUCUAUUCCACAGAAGAAACCAAAAUGCAGUGCAGUAUCCAUUUUAGAGCUUCAUGCGCUUUCUUGGAGAAUGCCAAAAGUGUUAGUUGUUAUUGAACAUUUAUUAUGAACACUAAAUGUUGUACAAUUUUUAAUUAAUAUGCAUUAAAAUGUAACUAGGCUUCUGGGUAUUACAGCUGAUGCUUGAUAAUUUCCACAAACCAUGCAAGAACCUAGCGGGGCAUUUCACCUGCCAGUCUUGGAGGGCUAGAGCUGUUGAAGUGCUCAUGCUUCUCAGUGAAUGUGUCAGUCUUUAAAUAGAUUUGACAGUGGCUGGUUAAAACAAUUUGUGAUUCUGUCUCCCCCCACCCCCUUUCUUACAUUGCUGAAUAGUUGUUUGACAGCAAAGCACAAUUGAAGUAAGUGGAAGGGCGCAGGUUAGAGUGCCUUGAUGGUACACUGUCACCAUCCUCCCCAAGGGACUGCUAAGGCCCAGAAGAGGCAGUGUGCAACCUGCCUGUUCAGCUGCCCCAGUACCCUACUAGGGAACACAGUGUGUGCCAGGUUUCUCUUCAGUUUUCUUAUCACCAUCCAACACUAACCAAAAUGUCCCAUUUACAGUGUUGUAUUUACCUCAAAUCUUUCUGGCCUAUCUGUUCCCUGAGUGUUUUUUUCUCCCAUGGCAAGGCCUGCAGUGCCUACAUUAUAGUGAAUGUGGUGCAGUGUAGGCCAGCAGCAAAAAGGGAUAGUGAAAUCCAGAAAAUGGAGUCUCAUACCCAAUCAAACACAGGAAAUAUUUUAAUUUGUAUUAGAACUGAAGACUAGAGAACAGAAUGUAAGAAUUGCCUGUGAAGAAUCACACUGCGGGACUCAUUCUAGUUCCUGCACAUUCCCUCCAACAGAUGCCAACCAGCCAUCCCAGGGAGCUCAUCAGCAGUACAAGGUGAAGGUAACUGCUUGUCAGCAAAAAUGACAGCGGUCACCUCAUUAAAUGAUAUCCUAGCUGACUGACUGUAUGAGUUGUAACUGAUAACCAAGUAAUUGUUCUUAAAUGUGGAGAGGAGUACAAGAACUGUUUUGAAGGGAGGGGAAAGGUAGAUUUUGCUCUUAGAUGAUGCAUGUGUGUGUUUCAAUGGGCACCAUCUUAGAAGAGGCAUUUCUGCUUGUGUGAAAGAGAAUGAAGAAUACUUCUCCUAAGAUGGCUCUGGCUGUCUGCAUUUUUUAAAGUAGGUACUUCUAAUUAAAGUGUGCUUUUAAAGUGCUGCCUGAUUAACUGGGGCAGGUUUUUAGUUAAUCCAAAAGUAUAUAGAUAACCAAUUAAUUGAUUAAUGCUGCAAUCUUAUGUGCAUCUACCUGAGAAUAAAUCCCAGCAGGGGUAAUGCUUAGGAUUGCACUUGUAGAAAAAAAAAGUGUUGUAAGUGAAUGCUGCACGCAGUUCUAAUAAACAGGCAUCCAACAGAGUUCUUUAGCUUGGCAAAUCUUUGCCAUAUUGAAUGUGAGGCAUGGUGUGCCUAUAACAGUGACAAACCAAGGGAAAAACAACAGGCCUGAGGGAAUCAUUGGGCUUGAAGGCUUUCCUCUCUCCUCUGCAUGGUUUGAAAACUAUUUCGGCUUUUGUGGUAAAACUGCAUUUUCUGGGUACAUCUGAACCCCCAAACGUCUUUCUGUUCUCUUGCAUACAAACUAUGGUUUACAAUCCUGGCUGGGAGUGAAAAACUCCCCCACAAAUCAUUGUUUGUUGGCUUAAAUACAACAACUGUGGUUUGCUCCAAAAGUCAAAAUCUCAGAGCUGCAUACCCAGAGGGAGGGAGAGGAGUGUAAACUUGACAAUCUCUCUCCACCCCCCCUUUGUCAUUUUCAUAAUGAUAAACAUGGUUUCUGAUUAUUAAUGGUACCAUGACUGACUCUUCACUCAUCAAAUCAAGUCCAGCCCAAGCUAUUUUGUAAUAUCGUAGCAAUGAAGGAUGAAUUUGCUGUCCGACAUGGGAGGAACUGUAGGUAUAGCUAUGUUUUGUAGUUCCAUGCAUUUUUAGCACAAAGGUUCCAGUUCAAAGAAUCAUCAGUGGGAAAGAAAAGUGUCUCAACAUAAAUGCACAUGGUUUCUGCUGCUUGCCACAAUGUUUAGAGAAUAAUCUCACUUGAUUUAAAUGCAGUUUCAGAAUUGAAAUUUACAAUAAUAUCAAACAAAAUAACAGUAAGAAAGCUAAAUUGCUUGAAGUCAACCAAAAUCAAGAUGCUAGGCUGACAUCCUGAAGAAUCAAAUGAAUUACAUAUUUAAAUAGCUGCGUACACUGGAAGGCAACCUGCUGACACAUUAACAAAAUUGCAUGUUUUAAUGCCUUAUUUUAUUUAAGUUCUUUAUCUCCUAGCACAGUAUCUCAACCUGUGGACACAAAUGGUGGAGUCACACUGUUUGAUUUCCUGGUUGUUUUCUACAGUCAUGAGAAUAAGAAACUUGCUACUUUUGAAAUUAAAGAUUCUUAGAAUGAUUGUGUGCCAAGUGAGAUAAGUUCAGUGCUAAUACUCCAAUCGUGCAAACAAGCAGAAUGCCAUUGAAGUAAAUGUAAAGUGAAAAUGUUCUACCGAAAAUAAAGUAAAAAUGUUCUUCCCAAAAAAGCACCGAAGAAACAAUCAUGCUGUUACAAUUAACUGAUGUUAAAUGCUGAUACUGAACAUAGAUAGCUCAUACUUGUUCAACGUGUUUAAAGCCCUACAUGGACAUUCUUAGCAAUUGUGGUGAGUGGAUCCAAUCAGAUUUUCUGCUUGAUUGCACCUGACACUUCUACACUGCAGCUCUUGUACCAUGAUCCUCAGCAUAGCCUUUCUGGUGGUCAAGAGGGGCCCUUAGUCCGUCUUAUGUCAGCAGAAAAUUGGUAGGAUCCAACAUACUGUAUCCCUGCCUUGUAUGAGUUGGAAUUGUGUUGUAACAAAGGACUACAAAAGCAGAGCCCAAGCUGUGUAGGUCCAAUCCAUGUGGCUGUUACAUUUCAUAAAUGGGAGGCUGCAGUGUGGAUAAGGCCUAUACAUGUCAAGCUGUAAUGUUUCAUUCAUAGGGGUCAGGCAAGCCCUAUGUGGGCAUGCCAGAGAUAAGGAACAAAAGUGAAAUCCCAGUCCUCCACCAAACAAAUAUUAAAAGACAUCUGCCUAGGGCUUAAGUUAGUUGAAAGCUUUCCUAUGGCCCUACCUGGCUUGAUUGUUCUAGGAACCCCAAAGACCAAUUUUUAAAACAUUUGAAUGCAAAGAGAAAAGGAUCAACCCCAGUUCUGAAAGAUACUGGCCAAGCUUAUCACCAAAUACAAAGCCACACUUCAUUUUAGAGCUGCAACCCAUAAAGUAGUACAGUACACUGUAGCCUAGUUUGGCUGUUUCAUCCUAUAGGUAGUCAGGCCUCAGAUUCAGUGGGAGCUCACACGGAACCUUUUUGAGAGUUCCACCUCCUUGUCCAUUAAAUGUAUUGCAGCUGCAUAACAAUCCCUGGAUGAGCUCCACCACCUAUUUUUCUACAAAACGAUCCCUGGGUACAGUACAGACCAUGUUCUUUGUGCCUUCUACUAGUUUGAGACACUGUAUUUUGUUAAUCUUUCUAAUAGGCACAAUUUGCUUUUUUGGCCUAAUUUCCAGGACAACCAGUAUAGCAUAACCUAGGCAUGUGGGAAAAAAAAGUCAAAUUGUCUCUCCCUGUCCCAUGCUUGCAAUUCACCAGCUCCCAAAACUUCUAAGUUUAAAGAUCCAAGAAGAAGGGGCAGGAAAGAGCUGGUUUAUUCUCCCACAUCCUUCUGGCCAUUAACCUUUCCAUCACAUGCAGAGCUUUUUUUGAGCAGGAACGCACAGGAGCGCAGUUCCGGCUGGCUUGGCACCAGGGGGUGUGGCCUAAUAUGCAAAUGUUUUCUACAAAAAAAAAGCCCUGAUCACGUCAACUUUUCUUUUGCCAGGUAAAAUUUAAUGUGAUUUGGUCUUCUCUCAUUUCAUAUUCCUGGGAAGUGCAUUUAGGGUUAGAUUAAAUUUAUUUUGAGGUUUUGAGUACAGAAAAGAUGACAACUAUCAUCUUCACAAGAGGUGCCUUAGGUACUCUUCCUUGACCUUGCUUAGGCUUUCCCUUCGUACUUUCAGAAAGAUCAUUGGUUUCUUUUGAUUACUGUUUUUCAAACCAAAGAUUUACUUGUUCCCAUUCAUUAACAUGGCACUGGAUAUCUUCUGCCAAGUAUCAAGAGACUUUUACAUAACACAAUGUAUAUUCAAUGUUAGUGUAUUGUACUGUGUAGCCUAAAGCUGUAUCUUCCCUGGAUAUUUUCAUUCACAAUAAAACUCAAUUUUAGCAG